UGGAAUAACAUUUGCUCAAAAAGGGGGCCACGUACCACGACCCACCUAUCUUCGGAUACUUCAUUCUUGGUCCGACUCGAUUCGCCGGUGAUUUAUCUCAAACCCUAAUCCACUCACUCCCUUUGUGUUCUCUCUUACAAGAGUUGAUGCCGUAAACUGCAAUUCCUCAGUUUGUUCCAAUCUACAUAUGUCGACUGGCAGAGGAGGGAGAGAUAGAUAUCGCAGGGAUCAUCCUCCAAGAUCUGAAGAGAAGAGUCAUCAUGGUCGCGAAAACCCCCCUUCCAGACAUCUUUGGGUUGGAAAUCUAUCUCAUAGUCUUUCGGAAAGUACAUUGGCCGAUCAUUUCUUACGUUUCGGAGACCUGGAAAGUGUGGCAUUUCAACCAGGUCGAAGCUAUGCUUUCAUUAAUUUUAGAGACGAGGAAGGGGCUUUUGCUGCUAUAAGACAUCUCCAAGGUUAUGCUGUUGCUGGCAAUCCACUUAGGAUUGAGUUUACAAAGGCGGAAAAAUCAUCACCUCCAGCACGGGAUGAAGAGUAUUUUCCACGUCGAGAUGAACGUCCCAUGAUAAGAAGAUCUCCACUUCCGCAAAGGGACUUGAGGCCUCGCCACUCUACUCCUGACUUAUCACCACAUCCGGACAAAUCAAGGUUAAAUGAUAAGAGUGGAGAACCCAGUGAGGUCUUAUGGAUUGGGUUUCCUGCACAAUUGAAAGUAGACGAAUUUAUUUUGCGAAAAGCCUUUUCCCCAUUUGGACAAAUAGAUAAGAUUACUGCAUUUCCCGGUAGAACUUAUGCCUUUGUUCGAUACAAGAAUGUGAUGGCAGCUUGCAGGGCAAAAGAAACGUUACAAGGAAAAUUAUUUGGCAAUCCUCGUGUACAUAUUUGUUUUGCGAGGUCGGAAUCUGGAACCUCUAACAAGGAGAGGAGCUCAAUGAAUGAUUCACCAUCCGCACAUUUGAGAUCAUAUGGGCACAUUGGUUCUUCUGAGAACCUUCGCCAUGGUAGGGACUUUGGUAAUGCUUCUGGAGAUCAUGGCAUGAGGUCUCCAAGGUUUAACUCAGAUAUGGAUCCUGGUGAUUCUCGUCGUGUUGGUUUUGGCAGAAGGGGUAAUUCAUGGGCAGGUGAAGAUGGUGCACUUGACAGGAGGAGAUUUCCAGCUCUGGAUUCUGAACUGGGGCAUGGGGACAAUGCUUACAAUCAGCGUAGUCCUCCAAGGAAAAGAGUUUUAGACAUACGUGAGUUUUCUCCUCAGCGGUUCCCUAGACAAGAUCCAUUGUAUGAUGAUUCAUGGGACUUGCCUGAAGAUCCUUUAGUCUUUCAUGAAGCUAAGAAACUGAAGACCAGCUCCUAUCCUCCAGAAAGUGAGCUUCCAGAAUAUCCUUUCACUGAUAUGGAACCAGCAAAACACAGGGGGUACCAUGAAUUUUCCCAAUCCGAGGUUCUUGAUAAAAACUUUGAUUCUGGAUCUCAUGUUCAUAGACAGAUCCCUGAGCGGAUGAUGAACUCGAAUCUACCUUAUCCGGAGGAGAAUGAACGAUGGAAUUCACGUUUUGAUGGUUUUAAGGUGGGGUCUGGUCAAUUGGCUUUAAAUGCUGAGCAGAAAAGAUUGACUCCUGAACCACAUCCCUCAUCCAUGAAUACUGAGUGGAAAUGGGAAGGUACAAUAGCCAAGGGAGGAACUGCUGUCUGUCGCGCUCGAUGCUUUCCUGUGGGCAAACAUCUAGACAUGAACUUACCUGUAUUCUUAGACUGCACAGCAAGGACUAGUUUAGACAUGCUUGCGAAGCAUUACUAUCAAGCAGCUGGUUCUUGGGUUGUCUUCUUCGUUCCAGCUAGUGAUCCUGACAUGGCAUUUUACAAUGAAUUCAUGAAUUAUCUUGGUGAGAAGCAGCGAGCUGCUGUGGCGAAAUUGGAUGAUAGGACCACUAUGUUUCUUGUUCCUCCUUCAGACUUCUCUGAAAAAGUCCUUAAAGUACCAGGAAAACUGAGCAUCUCUGGUGUUGUUUUGAGAUUGGAACCUACUGGUUCCAGUUAUGCGUCUCUUCACCAACAGCCUGAAAAGAAUGAAAGCAGUAUUACCGGUUUCCAGGGCAUGACAUCGUUUGCCAAGCCGAUAUCGCCUUCUGGGCCUAAUUCCGCACUUACAUCUUACCCAACUACUCAGAGGCCAGGAAUCAGUAGUAAUAUGUCUUUUCCUGGCAUAGAUACAGGACCUCCAGCUGCUUCAUUUCCAGGCUCUCUUCACCCAGGUGGUAACUUUUCGGAGCCACUUAGUGGAGACAGGAAUAAUUACAUGGUCAAUCAGCAGUACCCUGCCAUGGGACAGAACUGGUCUUCCCAUGAUAUGCAGAACAUGAAUCCUGGUGCUAAGAAUAUCACCUCACAAUCAUCCGGUGGCAGAAAUGAUCCUGCAAUGGUUCAGGGAUAUAAUCCUGUCAUGCCUAGUACAGGACACGAAAGUUCAAGCUUCUACAGGGGUGAAGUUUCAAGUAUCCAUUCAAAUGGGAAUAACAGACCUCCUCUGGAGGCAAAGACACCAACAUCAGCACCUCUUCAAUCAGAACAACUUGCAUUGUUAGCCUCAUCACUUCUUGGGCAGCAGAGGCAAUCAGGGGUUACAUCAACAGGGCAAGAUCCUAGACAAUCAGGCACUGCUUAUAUGCCUGACAACUCAUACAGACCACAUCAGAAUUUUCCACCCUUAAACAAUCAGGCUGUUGAUCUUUCAUCAUCACAAUUUGGUCAAAUGCAGCAAUUGCUUCAGCAGCAGCAGCAACAACAGCCAACUAUGAGUUUGCCAGGCCCACCUCCGAGAGAUCUUCAACAGGGCACUCACUUAAACCAACUGCAGACUGCAGCAGACNGGGGGAGGGAGUGUCUUGAGUUGUGCUUUGCUUUCAAAUUUGACCUAGAGCUAUGA